AGGCCCUCCCCGGCCCGGCAGCCCGCCCGCGGGGAAGCCGUCCCUCCCCGGCCGGGGUGGGGCCUGGCCGUCGCUGCCGCCGCGGAGCUCCUGUAGCUGCUGCUGGAGGCGGCGGCGGCCACGGGUACGUCCCGCAUAUAACCCCGCCGCUCCCCUCGGCGCCGUCCUCACAGCUUUCCGCGGCCGUCUCGGGGACGGCGCUUACUUUGCGCGGCAGCUCGGGCAUGGCUCGGCGCCUUACCCCUGUGAGCUAGUCCCGCGGAGCAGCGCCUCGGACUGAGCUGGCCUCGACUCUGCGGCUUUAUACUGAAGCCUCCUUCCUUCAUCUCUGCUCUUUCCCACUCCGCCUGCUGGAGCUCUGCUCGGGGCAGAAGACACUUUCCCGCCCGCGUGUGCAUAAAACCCGGCUUUCCCUUCCCUCGCUGCACCGUGAUAGCACCUUCCCCGCCUCCUCCCCUCGGGCCGGGCGGGCUCGCACCCCUUCUCCGCCGCUCUCCCCGCCAGCAGCCCGCCGAGGAUGCGGGUGUCGCUGCUGAGCCCGUUGCUCCUGCUCUCACUCAGCGGCAGCCCGGGCGCCGGGGAGCUCUCGGCCGCCCGAGCUAAGUGCCCGACCCGCUGCGAUGUCUCCAAGUGCCCCAGCCCCAGCUGCCCCAGCGGAUACGUCCCCGACCGCUGCAGCUGCUGCCUCAUCUGCGCCGCGGGCGAGGGGGACUCGUGCGGCCGCAAGGAGGACCCGCCCUGCGGGGACAGCCUUGACUGUCGCUACCCCAUGGGCAAGCGCUUCGCUAAGGGCGUCUGCCAGUGCAGGCUGAGCGCCCAGGUGUGCGGCAGUGACGGCCGGACCUACGACAACAUCUGCCAGCUGAAGGCGGUGAGCCGCAAGGCGCUGCAGCACGGCCUGCCCGCUGUCGCCCAGGUCCAGAAGGGAGCCUGUGAAUUCGGUCACCUACAGUCCAGCAGCCCAAGAUACAAAUUCAACUUCAUAGCAGAUGUGGUGGAAAAGAUUGCACCUGCAGUUGUGCACAUUGAACUUUUCCUCAGGCACCCUCUUUUUGGGCGAAAUGUCCCGCUUUCCAGCGGAUCUGGGUUUAUUAUGUCCGAUUCUGGUUUAAUUGUGACCAAUGCACAUGUGGUGUCAAGCACCAAUGCUGUAUCAGGGAGACAACAACUGAAAGUGCAGUUGCAGAAUGGAGAUACCUAUGAAGCAACCAUCAGAGAUAUUGACAAGAAAUCUGACAUUGCAACAAUAAAGAUUCACCCUAAGAAAAAACUACCAGUAUUGUUACUGGGACACUCUGCUGAUCUGAGGCCAGGAGAAUUUGUGGUGGCAAUUGGAAGUCCAUUUGCCUUACAGAACACUGUGACAACAGGUAUUGUCAGCACUGCUCAGAGAGAUGGCAAAGAACUCGGCCUGCGGGAUUCAGACAUGGAUUAUAUUCAGACAGAUGCUAUUAUCAAUUACGGCAACUCUGGAGGACCUCUGGUUAAUCUGGAUGGUGAAGUGAUCGGGAUUAACACCCUGAAGGUCACAGCUGGGAUUUCUUUUGCUAUUCCUUCAGACCGUAUCACUCAGUUUCUCACAGAGUCACAUGACAAACAAAGUAAAGAUGGGAAGAAACGUUUCAUUGGCAUCAGAAUGCUGACAAUAACACCUGCCUUGGUGGAAGAACUGAAACACAAUAAUGCUGACUUUCCUGAUGUCAGAAGUGGAAUUUAUGUACAUGAAGUUGUUCCAAACUCGCCUUCUCAUAGAGGAGGGAUUCAAGAUGGAGAUAUAAUUGUUAAAGUCAAUGGGCGUCCUUUGAUGACUUCCAGUGACCUGCAAGAAGCUGUGAUGAAUGAAUCACCUCUACUACUUGAAGUUCGAAGAGGCAAUGAUGACUUGCUAUUUAACAUUGAGCCUGAAGUUGUUAUGUAAAUAGAAUUGAGGAAGCUCUCACCAUAAUUAAACUCACUUAUUCUGGAACACUAGAUACCUCCUUUACAGCUACAGUAAUAAUACUUCCUGUUGACUAAUGACAAGGUGGACUAACUUAAUUGCCUGAGCCAUUUCUGUACAUAGUAGCUAGAAUGAAUUCAAUUGUGCCAUUUAUAGAUUUAACUCAAGUGAAAUUUAAGAACUGUGUUCUGGGGAGGAAAAUAAAUUUUGGGUAGCUGAUAGCAAUGGGGUCCACUUCCGAUUCCUGCAGGUUCCGAGCAGUUCUCCAUGUCUUUUGAAAGACCAAAAUACAACGGGAAGUGAGGAAGAAUGUCGAAAGGGGAAACUAUUCCUAAACUAGUCAUGGCUGCAGCAGAACCAAGUUAUUGCAAUGCACAGUUGAGCUUUUUUCUUUAUGUCACUUUUUCAAUGUGAACCUAGUAUUGGCAAAGCUUGUAUUUGUUCUUAGUGCUUCUAUGCUACGUGUUAAUGCAGGUAGAUUAAAUCUGUAAAUAUCUGAAAGGAACAAAAAUGGUAUCAGGCUAUAGAGUGUUACACCUAGGUCAUGCAAUUUUGGAAUAUAGUAAAUGAUUCUUAUAGAAUUAAUGCCUUAUUAUACAUAAAUCAAAUCGAUGUGCCGAACAAAGUUAAGUUUGAGAAAGUGCACAGUUUUUUUAAGAAUUUGAUACAAAUUAGUUUUGCAUCUUACUGGUAAGCUUUGCUGUAAAAUUGUUAUACUACUUUUGGCUUGUACUUUGUAUGUUUCUACUGUAAGGAGAAUAAAGUUUACACUAAUGA